UUCAACUUGGCCUAAGAGUUUGACUUCCGCCCAUUGACGCGCUUGAAUGGAGCUCCACAAUAGCCAUCGGUUGACUGGGGGUAGCGAGAAGAUGUUCUACAUAGCUCCCCAGCAGCCGCUGCUGCGAAACGAGGAGGAUGACUACCAGGAGGGAUCCCUCAGCCUGCCGGACGCUGCAUCCCUUGUUUACAAUACCACUGCACUGCCGUCGGGCGAUGAAGAGUCUAACUAUGGUUAUGGCUCCACAACGACGCUCAGUGGCCUCCAGUUGGAGACCUAUAAUAUCACUGUAAUGAUGAACUUCAGCUGCGACCGCAAUGAGCUUCAAUCGGAGGACAUGUGGUCCAGUGGCUACUUUAAGAGCAUCGUCUACAUGCUGUACAUUCCCAUCUUCAUCUUCGCUCUGAUCGGCAAUGGAACGGUCUGCUAUAUCGUCCAGUCCACACCGCGAAUGCGCACGGUCACCAAUUACUUUAUAGCCAGCUUGGCCGUGGGCGAUGUCCUGAUGUCCGUCUUCUGCGUUCCGUCGUCCUUCAUCUCGCUGUUUAUCCUGAACUACUGGCCUUUCGGCCUGGCCCUCUGCCACUUCGUGAAUUACUCGCAGGCGGUCUCCGUUCUGGUUAGCGCCUAUACUUUGGUGGCCAUCAGCAUCGACCGAUACAUAGCCAUCAUGUGGCCACUAAAGCCACGCAUCACAAAACGCUAUGCUACCUACAUCAUCGGCUGCGUUUGGUUCAUCGCACUUGCCACAGCACUGCCCAUACCCAUCGUCUCUGGACUCGAGAUCCCCAUGUCGCCCUGGCACGAGAAAUGUGAGAAAUACAUUUGCCGCGAGAUUUGGCCAUCGCGGACGCAGGAGUACUACUACACCCUGUCCCUAUUCGCGCUGCAGUUCGUCGUGCCGCUGGGUGUGCUCAUCUUCACCUACACCCGGAUCACCAUCCGCGUCUGGGGAAAGAGACCGCCAGGCGAGGCGGAGUCCUCCCGCGACCAGCGGAUGGCACGCUCCAAACGGAAGUUUAACCCCAAUCGCAGCACCUUGCCAGUGCCUCGAUCUGCAGUCAAUGACAAGCCCCACUUGUUGGCUGCUCCGAGGGAGCUCAGACCCAAGACGAAGCCCUGGCUCAAACUGAGCCAUCAGCAGGCCGGAGUUUGUGGAAACGACAACCACGAUGACGACAGCUCCGGAGAAAAAUCUGGGGUCAAUGGGGAGCAAGCGUGCCAGGCUGGCUUCCUGCUCCUCACUGUUGAUGGUAUACCCUAG